AUAAACAACAACGAAAGGUGUCUGAACACGACUGCACACGUGGCAUUAACCGCACAAAACACAAUUAUUGUUCGUUGACAAUAACAUCUUUUCAUGAAUUUCCACUUUCUCACUACACCUCUACGUCAAUUUUCAAAUUAUUGCUCAAUAUUUUAGUUUAAUUCACGAUUGACAAAUAACUUUAGAAGUCAGAAAUGCAUUCUUAGAAUUGCGAAUGCGUCUUUACAAUAGUUAUUACGGCUCUGAGCUACAAACAACAUGGCAGCCUCCAUAUAGAGCAUUUGUUACAUAUCUGUAGUUUUGUAAUUUGUCCGUGGAUCUUCAUCUGCCUAAAUGUCAGUUUUUGUUGCCAGCAUCUUGGAAAGUUAACAAAAUCCUUUAUUCGUCUUUCACCAAACAAACUAACUAAAUGCAGCCACUUUUUACAGUAAAGGGAAAGACUACACUUUUAAGAAGCGCUCUAUCGAGACUAAAAAACAGUCCCAAAGGGUUUAGCGUAUAUGUCUCACAUGCUGACAAAGACGCUUCCGCCUAUGCAGAGUUUUCUGUUGCUGGUUUCCAGACGCUCCAGCCACCUCGCCAGACAGCAGUAUGAUGUCAUUGUGGUGGGUGGGGGUCAUGCAGGGACCGAAGCAGCGGCUGCAGCAGCCAGGGUGGGAGCUGAGACACUCCUGGUCACACAGAAAAUCCAAACAGUUGGCGCCUUGUCCUGCAACCCGUCUCUGGGAGGAGUAGGUAAAGGCCAGCUUGUGAAAGAGAUUGACGCUCUGGAUGGGCUAUGUGGUCGAGCUGGAGACUGGGCUGGAAUCCAUUUCUCCAUCCUGAAUCGUAGCAAAGGACCCGCUGUGUGGGGGCCAAGAGCCCAGCUGGACCGCCAGCGCUACCGGGAAUUCUUUCAGUCUGAGCUGCUGUCCACUCCCAGGCUGACGAUGUUGGAGGGUUCAGUGGAGGAGCUGCUGGUAGCAGAACCAAACCCAGAGGAGCCUGGACAACACAGAGUUACUGGGAUAUGUUUGGCAAAUGGCAGCCACCCAAUUUCGGCCAGUUCUGUGGUUCUUACCACUGGUACCUUCUUGUCUGGCUCCAUCUUUAUGGGCCAAACCACAUCCCCCGGAGGUCGGAUUGGAGAUGCUCCAUCAAGUGCAGGGCUGUCCCAGACGCUGAGAGAGAGGCUGAAGCUGAGGGUAGGCAGGCUGAGGACCGGGACUCCUCCUAGGAUUGUGAAGGAUUCAGUAGACCUACCACUGGCCCUGCUUCACCUCCCUGACAGUCACCCAACACCAUUUAGCUUCAUGAAUACCCAAACAUGCUGCAAGCCGGAAGAACAGCUGCCUUGUUACCUGACCCACACGACUCCUGGUGUAGAGAGAGUGGUGAGGGAAAGUCUUCAUCUCAACUGUCACAUACAGCAAGACACCAAAGGUCCAAGGUACUGCCCUUCUAUUGAGUCAAGAGUGAUGCGUUUUCCAGGCCGGAGUCACCAGGUGUGGCUGGAGCCAGAGGGGAUGACCUCUGACCUUUUGUACCCACAGGGUCUGUCCAUGACUAUGCCCCCUGACAUGCAGCUCCGCCUCAUCAGAGAAAUCCCGUGCAUGCACAGAGCUGAAAUCCACACACCUGGUUAUGGUGUGCAGUAUGAUUUUGUGUGUCCCACUCAGCUGAGCCCUGCACUACAAGUGAAAAGCACUCAAGGUCUUUUUCUGGCCGGUCAGAUCAAUGGAACAACGGGCUACGAAGAGGCUGCUGCACAGGGCUUGUGGGCUGGGGUGAACGCUGCACGCAAGGCACUCUCCAUGCCUCUGGUGGCAUUGUCUCGAACAGAGAGCUACAUUGGUGUUCUCAUUGACGAUCUGGUGAGUCGAGGUGUUACUGAACCUUAUCGCAUGUUCACCAGCCGGGCUGAGUUUCGAACCUCUCUGAGACCAGACAAUGCUGACCUCCGCCUUACGCCAAAAGGGUUUGAGGUGGGAUGCGUGUCCUCUUUGCGCAAUCAGGAGGCUUUAAGAGUAAAGAACAGUCUCCAAGAUGCAAUGGCAGCCUUACAGGCUCUCAAUUUGUCCACCUCCAGAUGGAGGAAAAAGCUGCCAGACAUCGGUGUCAGUGAGUCAAAGAGUAACACCCUAACUGGGAUGGACCUGCUGCAGUACAAAGAUGUUUCCUUUGAAAUGCUGGCAUCUGUUUUCCCAGAUUGCCUUUCACCUUACAUGGAAUUCUCACAAAGACUCAAGAUUGAGGCUGUGUACAAGCCUUUCUGCGACUUAAACAAGAAAGAGAUUGAGAGGAUUCAAAAGGAAGAGAGCAUGUCUCUGCCGCAAGACAUCGACUAUUUCUCUCUGCCAGCGUCUCUGUCUAAGGAGGUCAGAGAGAUCCUAGACAGAGUUCGACCAAGCACCCUGGGUGCAGCUACUCGCCUGGAAGGCGUCACUCCUGCUGCAGUCGUCAGUCUCUUUAACUAUGUCUACUUAACAGACAGAAAGGAAAGAAUAAUGCACAGAAAGCAACAAGACAAAAAGGAGGAAAAAGAAGACCUGUGUGCAAAAAAUGCAUCUUUACCUCACUGACAGAAGGCCUCUUAGUGUAAAAAUGUAUGUAUUCUUGUAAAAUGGGCAAAAUGAUAAAUAAAUUAUGGCAUCUUUUAGAAUGA